AUGGGAGUCCUUUGGGCAUAUCCAACUGACUGCAAUGCUUUCUGGUGGCCAAAAACAAGCACAGAGGCGCCUGUGAGCGGACCACAACAGAUGUUGCAACAGAUUCCUUUGACUUAUUUCCGUACGUACACGUAUCAGCCGCUAGCCGGUGGACCAUUUAGUGUGCCAUUCUUUGGAUUUGGUGCGGCUCAAACUCCAUUGCUGGCGAAUCCCACGCAAUUUGAUCCGUAUGCGGUAACGAGCUAUGCGGCAGCUAGACGGCACGAUAAUGGUCCGGUUUCACUGGCUGCAGGUCAUGCCAAAAAGGAUGUAACGCCUCCAGUUACCGCUACUACUAGUGCCAGUACUAGUACGAGUACAACAGCAGCUCCAACCACAACAACAACGACGACAACAACAACUACAACGCCAGCGCCAACAACCACCAGCAGCACCACCACCACCACCACCACCAUGAGAAGUAGCAGUAGCAGUAGCAGCAGCAGCAGCAGCACAACAACACCAGCAACAUCAACCUCAACUAGAUACCAUCUCGGCAGUACAGAUGGAGCCGCCUAUGCCGCCUCCUUGCGCUAUGGUCCUGGGCUAAACAAUGCCGAAUAUCCCACAUACACCAGACGGGUCAAUCAACUUUACAAUGCCAGGCCACAGUAUCCCUAUCCUGAUUACUUCAACUAUCAGCAACAGCCGCAGUAUCAGCAGCAGCAACAGGCACCAUUUAGCCCAUUGGCUGAACAGCAGCAACAAUUUGGUAAUGUGAACGCGAAUGGCAAUAGAGGAGCUCGCAUACAAUUUGUACCCUGCAUGUGCCCCAUUAGCAUGCCCAGUCAUUCGAUGGCUCCAUCAGGAACACCUUCAGGCAUAGCCAUUAGCAGCAAUGGCAAUGGCAACAGUGGCAGUGGCAGUGGCAGUGGCAGCGAUUCCAAUUCACCCACCGAACGAAAUAUUUUGGACCUGCAAGCACGCAACAUUAUAGAUGGUCAUGAGCUGCUAGCAGCUGAAGCCAACUCCGAGUCAGAGUCUCAUGGUCCAGCUGACACUGACUCUGAUGACAACCAACAAGAGGAGCAGCAACAGCAGCUGCAGCGUCAGCAACAGGACAAUGAUGACGGCGACGACAGCGCCGGCGACGACGACGACGAGGAGGAGGAGGAGGACCAGGAGCAACAAAAACGUGGACAGGAUGCAUUGAAUGACACACCAGAGGGCAAAGUUCUUCUUGAGGCUCAGGAGACAACGCCCACUGUAGUGUCCAAUAGUUUGGUUUAAUUAAGGCCAUGCUUCCGGCCACCUUUGCCACCUGCCACCCAGACUGAAAAUGUAUGUUAUUACACAGAAAAACAAACAAACAAUCAAGAAAAAGA